GGCGGAUAGAGUGGGACGGAGGGGAUUGGGUGACAGCUAGACUGUUAGGUGACACAGAGGGGUACAUAGUGGAAGGCGGGGCGGGGGACUGAUAAGGACAGUGACGGUCGGAAACAAGUCCCUGAGGAAAGUGUGACCGGCUCAACCAUGACCCACCAGCUUAUUCCCCGUGCUUUGGUGUCCCCUCGUUGGCUUCUGGAUUCUUUACGCCCUGGAUCUGCCCUCAAAGGAAGUCUCCGUAUUUUAGAUGCUUCAUGGCAUCUUCCAAAAUCUGGCAGGGAUGCAUGGCGAGAAUACAAAGAGCGACACAUUCCUGGAUCCUACUUCUUUGAUAUAGAUGCCUGCAGUGAUCGCACCUCUCCCUAUGAUCACAUGCUGCCCAGUGAGGACCAAUUUGCAGAGUAUGCAGGGCGAUUGGGGGUCUCAAAUAGCAGCCAUGUGGUGGUCUAUGAUGCAAGUGACUUUGGUUCCUUCAGUGCCCCUCGACUGUGGUGGAUGUUUAGAGUCUUUGGGCAUCGCCAGGUAUCUCUGUUGGAUGGUGGUUUGAAAGCCUGGAUGAGGGAAGGACACCCAGUAAAUUCAGGGAAGGAACCCCGUCCACAGCCAGUAGAGUUCCGUGCAAAACUCAACACUGCUCAAGUUGUGGGAUAUGAGGAGGUGGCAGAGAACAUAGAAAAGAAAACAUUUCAGUUAGUGGAUGCUAGAGUGAAUGGAAGAUUCAGAGGCGUGGAGCCUGAGCCAAGAGAAGGAAUUGAACCUGGGCACAUUCCUGGUGCUUUGAACCUUCCAUUUCCCAGCCUUAUGACAGAAGAUGGUUAUGAAAAAUCCCCCGAUGAGAUCAGGCGUCUGUUCCAAGAAAAGGGCAUUGACCUGUCCCGUCCUCUAGUGGCCACAUGUGGGUCAGGCGUUACUGCUUGUCAUGUAGCUCUAGCUUCCUUCCUUUGUGGCAAAGAAGAUACUGCAAUUUAUGAUGGUUCCUGGGUUGAGUGGUACAUGCGUGCAAAGCCGGAGGAUGUAGUGUCAGAAGGAAGAGGGAAGACCCUUUGAGUGUAGAGGUGGCUGGUACUACUUACCGUAAAGGUUUUACUUAAAAAGUCAUUUUGCCAAUAGGUUUCACGUUUUACCUGUAGGCCAGAUUAUCAUGUACCACAUUAAACUUUACUGGCCUCACAUCAGUUUGUUCAUGUUGUGAAAACUUUCCUCCUGAAGUGCCUUAUUUCCUUUGCCUAACACAAGAGAUAAUAAAAAUCCAGGAUAACUAUCUCCACUUUCUAUUUUGUUCUACGGCACCAGUGUAUGUGGAGUUCAUUGAAACGUUGUAAUUUAGGAGCAGAAUUAUAUUUCAUAGAUUAAAUAAAAAUCUCUAUUUUAUCCCACUUCACACUGUCUACUCUAGGGACUAAAAAAUGCCUGACAAGGAUAUAGUUCCUAAGGCUAAUAUGUGCUGUUAAUUAGCUGCGUGUCUAUGCAAUUUUAUGAGAGCAAGAGCCACGCAAUAAUAAACAAUUUGAUUUGAAUCUAGAGUGGAUUGAAUAACCGGCAUUAAAUUUGCAUUUGGUACCUUUUGUUUUUUUUAUUUUGCUGAUCAAUGAGUGAUCUUUAAUGGCUUUCAUAAACUGAUGCAGCAGAAUAUGGUGAUGGGAGCCUUCUUUAAAGUGGGGCAUACAAUUGCACUUUACUAAAUAGUAAUGAGAUGAGAAAAAUAAAUGUUAUACCUUCUAUUGCAAAAAAACUUGCAAGAUCCAAAUAUGCAAUUGUACCACCUUUUUGUAGUGUUUACAAAUCUAAAGUGUUUAAUACUAAGUAGAAAGCUGCAUUUGGUAAACUCUACUUGGGAUUUUGAUUCAGUCUUUUGCUACGUUAUCUUGACUUUCCUCUUGUUUUUAUGUAAACAGAUUAAAGAGACAUUAGCAAAUAAA